AUGGCCGGAAGUGGAGUCGUGACCGUCUACGGAAACGGCGCAAUCACCGAGACCGCCGCCAAGCAGUCCCCCUUCUCCGUUAAGGUUGGCCUUGCCCAGAUGCUCCGAGGCGGCGUCAUCAUGGACGUCGUCACCCCAGAGCAGGCCCGCGUCGCCGAGGAGGCCGGCGCCUGCGCCGUUAUGGCCCUCGAGCGCGUCCCCGCCGAUAUCCGCGCCCAGGGUGGCGUCGCCCGCAUGUCCGAUCCCCAGCUCAUCAAGGAGAUCAAGAGCGCCGUCACCAUCCCCGUCAUGGCCAAGGCCCGCAUCGGCCACUUCGUGGAGGCCCAGAUCCUGGAGGCCAUCGGCAUCGACUACGUCGACGAGUCGGAGGUCCUCACCCCCGCCGACGACGCCAACCACAUCAACAAGCACAACUUCCGGAUUCCCUUCGUCUGCGGCUGCCGCAACCUCGGCGAGGCCCUCCGCCGCAUCCGCGAGGGCGCCGCCAUGAUCCGCACCAAGGGCGAGGCCGGCACCGGCAACAUCAUCGAGGCUGUCCGCCACGUCCGCUCCGUCAUGGGCGACAUCCGCGUCCUCCGCAACAUGGACGACGACGAGGUCUUCGCCUUUGCCAAGCAGAUCCAGGCCCCCUACGACCUCGUGCUUGCUGACGUCAGCUGCGGCCUGGGCGAGGCUAUGGUGGGGAUCAACCUCAACGACGAGAAGGUGGAGAGGUAUGCGAAUAGGUCCGAGUGA